AUGAAUCCCCAAUCACGAGCCCCGAGUGUCCUUUCCUUUGGUCGAAUGCAUGAGGGGGCAGGUCUUUUCGGCAAUCUCAGUGGGUCCUUGGUGCAAAAGAGCCUCUUUCCACCCAAAUCAUCUGCUUUGUCGCAUUGCCUUUUUGGAUUUUCUUUCAAUGCGUCUAAAACAAAAACGGACAAUAACGUUUCCCCAUCUGAACCUACAUUUGAAGUUGAACAAAGAGUUUCGUCAAAUGCUGACCGAUUGCCUUCUGAAAAGUCAUCUGAAAGAAACUUUUAUUCUGGACUAUGGGUUUCGAGUGGCAAUGGAAUGCAGCAAACUGGUCUGUUUUCCACUUCGACAACGCAAGCACCUGCUAAGGAUGUUUUGGUUUCACAAAAUUUGUCGUUCGGAAUCAAAAAACCUCUGGACCUUCCGAACAUUCCCCCUGAAUCUUUAAACUUACUUACUAAACGGAGCGACUUAGGAAUAUUCCAGUUACCAAAUAAGUUUUAUCAGACCGCGUGUUCAAGCAAUAAGAAGCAAGCUUCACAAACUGAGCAGGUUGAACAACAAAUUUCUCACUCUACCACGCCGAUGAUGGCCAAGUUGAAUUGUGUAUCACUCGGUCAAAAUCAAGAGAUUGCUGCACAGAAAGCAAAAUUGGUAGCGGAGGGAUUAAUUCCUGGUUUUGCGGAACCUUAUGAAGAGUGUUCGUAUCGAAAGAAUGAACCAACGUCCUCUUUGCCCUUUCAGGACUCUACCUCCCCCCCUAGUUUCUUCUCGAAUAACGCAAUGAAAGAUACCGCAGGUCCUGGUACAGGCGCAGCGUUGACAGUGCAGGAGCGAUUGGCAGUACUAGAGGCAAGCGAUAAGGCGGAGCACGAACGCAGGCAGUCGACCUGCAGCCAUCCAGAUCUCACAAACAAGUUACCUAGCAAUCAGUCCAUUAUCGUAGGAACCUGUCCAGAUAUGUGCCCAGAGACUGAGAGGUACUUGCGGGAAUUGCGUCAACGCGUCUCGGUGUUCGAGUGUCAGAGCGGCGGGUCGUCUUCAGCUCCCUGGCAAAUGGACCACACACGAGCGGUGAAGGACUACAGCCGCUCGGCCGCCGAUCAGGCCGAACCGCUGCCUUGGGAACUUCGGCCUCCGGAGGUCUUGCAGCGAACCAUGAACUACCUGCUAUCCGCUAUUGCAGACCGUCCGGAAAUCGACACCACUGGGAACCUCUGGAAACCUUGGUAUGAAUUUUUGUGGACAAGAACACGUGCCAUCCGUAAAGAUAUCACUCAGCAGCGCUUGUGUUCACCGGCUAUCGUGUCAAUUGUGGAGAAGAUUACUCGCUUCCAUAUUUUCUGUGCAGCGCGUCUGGUGGACCAAUCUAUGGACGCGUUCGAUCCUCGAAUCAACUCCGAGAAUCUCACUCAAUGUCUCCAAACACUGAAGGAGCUCUACGGGGACCUCCAAGGGGCUCCAGCUGACUUGUGCCCUUGUGAACCGGAAUUCCGUGCCUACAUGAUACUCAUGAAACUCAAUGACUGCUCCGUGCUAGACGAGGUGCAGAAGUUUCCUGAUGCUCUGCGCAAGUCGAAAGAAGUGCAAUUUGCGAUUGCGGUGCACUCGGCCGUGGCGGAACACAACCAUGUGCGUUUCUUCCGUUUGGUCCGCGCGGCGGACUGUUUGACCGCCUGCCUCCUCCACCGCUACUUCAGCCAGGUUCGCUCCCACGCCCUAUUAGCCCUCUCUGCCGCCUUCUGCAGACAUCCAAGACACGAAGUCACGUUUCCACUAGCCACAUUCGUGAAUCAAUUGGGAUUUGAGUCGCGAAAGGACGCACAGGCCUUCUGCGAGCACUGGAAUCUCCAUGUAUCCGGCGACAAUUUAAUUUUUAAGCGACAUUCACUACCUCGUGAGCCAGAGCUCGCGUGGCAAGAGAGAAGGGCAUUUAAUCUGAUUGAGGGUAAGCGUUUGGGACGAAGCCUCGCGGAUCUCUUCAAUGGUGGUCCAAUUGAUCCCUCCUAUGCUAAACCUGGACCAGUUCACUCCUCCUUUGAUAGCGGAGGCCACCUCCUUUCCGUGCAGGAGAUUCAGGAAUCGCCUUACUAUCCGUCAUUAUCCACACUCACAGGACUUUCCCUUUCGAUGGACAAACUGAAGUCUUCUUCAGUGCUAGCUGGUGGAACAAACACUGGAGAUUCUUCUAAUCUCCACCUCGAACAACCCGCCUUUAAACUUGACUCGAUGUUUGUGGGCCCUUCUGAGCCCAUAUUUUCCGAUGAGGCUAAGUCGGAGGCGUCGAUGGCUAUUUUUAACGAGGUGUUGAACGGCGAGAUUCGAAGAGUUUUGACGAUGGAUUUGAGGGAGACCAAAGCGGCAGAGAGUAUGGCUGAUGAACUAAUUGAAGAAACCAUUAAAUCAAAUUUAACGCAAAUCGUGGAGGAAGAGAUCACCCUUCGCCUAGGUUUUUUAUCAUCUCUUGUCGAAGAAAUUGCGGAGAGUAUUAUCCGAACCUUUGUGAAUAAUUCGCUGCGCGAGGUCGUCUCCGAUGUCAUUAGCGAGAGUGUUGUCUCGGCCAUCUCUGGUGACAUUUUGAUGGAAGCUUUGAGUGAAUUCGCAUUACGAGUGCUGAAGAAGACUCGCUCGGAGCAUUUGAACAUGCGACGAUUGUUGAAACGCACCUUCUCUUCCUGGAAGGCGAUCUGUCUGGAAGAGCAGCGGCGCGACGUCCCCACCCGCGACUUCAUUCGCUCCAUCCCCGCUGCUCCGCCGCCCCAUUUGUGGCUCGGCGACUUCAGCGUAGAGGAACUUUGCAGCCCCCGGCGCGCCUGGCUCCGGGCCUUCCCGGAAAGGGAGAAUUAUGCUCUUAAACGGGCCCGACUCUGUUCCUCCUCUUCCGCGGUAAGCCUCCGCCCCUGCCGCGCCACUCGUGGCAUGACUCAUCGCCUUACCGAUGCUAAUCUUGCAUACCGACCCCUUGGUCCCAUUCAUGGCCUUUCCCAUGAAGCCUGCAUUGGUGUCAUUGUUUCCACUGCAGCCCACUUUUUUUCUCGAUGGCUCUGCAACAAACUUAGAAACCACACAAACUUUACUCUUCUCCCCUCUGUGGACUAUCUCACGGGGACAGAAGUUGGACUCAUCGUCAUUGGCGACGGUCCCUCACAUCUCGAGAUCCCGCAGCUUCGUCUCCUCCCCUCGGAGCUCGGAAAGUCCGCUGAACACUCUGAUACUGUGGAGAGCAUUGUAUUUCCUCCGCCGAUUGAUGGAAAUGCCACAAUGGCCUAUUGUUGGAACACUCUUCUCCAAACUGGUCUUCAGUGGCUGGUGAAGAAGGUGGCGGUUGUCUCAGGCGACGGCGACGGCAGUGGUGGAACUAUGGCGAAGACCGAGAACUCAGCCACUCUCCAACCCUUAUUUCCGCAAUCCUCAACUCUGGUAGAGCUUGUAUCGAGCCGCGUUCAGGCAGCCUUCCUAACACCUCUGCUGGUCUUGAUCGGCCAUUGGACUGAACAAGGACUUACUCAUCCCGAUCCCCACUACCUUCUAACCGCCUACAAUCAGAUCCUGGACCCGCUGCCAAGAUCCAUCUGCACAAGUCUUGUAAUCUCUCCGCUACCUGAACCUCUUCCACCCAACAUAUCCUGGCAUGAAGCCGUGGAUAGGUGGCACUCCUUUCUCCUUACUCUGCGAUUUCCGGAGAAUUUAGCCGCCUCUUGUGAACUCUCCCCGAAUUUCUGUGAACGGUGGAGACGAGUCAGCGCUCUACUGAUUCCCUGGGGUCCCCUUUGUAUUCGGCUAGUACGCGCCAGGUUGGAUACGGUGCUGGAUGAUGAUGGUCAAUCAGUAUCCGCGAGCACCACGAUUGAGGUGGUCCCGGCAGCAGCGCGUGCCCUCGACCAGUUAGGUCCUCAAUUCUCUGUUGCCUCCAUCGUACGUGAGUUCAAGUUCCGUCCACCCAAGGUGCAGCCAGCUGACGGCGAUUGGCAACCACGAGAGCCUUCCGCCUCCUCGGACGCCGUAGCCCAGCAACUACAAGAGCUGGAUGCGAAAAUUGCGAAGCUUUCAAAUGAUGUCCGGCUGAUCCUCAAGUGA